GCCCCACUUGCCGUGAAAUUUUUCCCGAGUCUCCGCAUUUUUUGCACGGGGCAGAAAAAAGUUUCGAGAUUAAACAAUUAAACUGACUGGCAGCAGAACUGAGAACAUACCGAGAAUAGCUAUCAGGUGCAUAUUCUAGCUACCUACAAAGCCAUGGGGAAGUCAGGCUUCAAGAGUCUCGCAGAGCAACUCGCCGAUCUGGACGAUCCCACACCCAAAGAUUUCGAUCCUGAAGACCUAGAUACCGGCCAUCAAGGCUCCGACGAUGAAUCGGAAUCGGAGGUGGAUGAAAAUGCUGGCCGUGAACAUUAUCAGGACGUUGGCAAGAGUAAACUUCGCAAACCAGAAACUGUCAGCCUCGGAAAGGAGUAUUCGGGAUCGCGAGUCAGCCGCCAGGCCUUGGAGACUGUGAGCGACGACGACGACCCGUUUGGACACCCUCAAUUUGAUGACGAUGAAGAUAUUUCCAGCGACGACAGCGUUGACGUAGACAGUCAAUCUGAUGAGGAUGUUCAAGAUUUCGAAGAAGAUAACUUAGAAGAUGGGCGAGCCAUGGAGGACGAUUCCGAUAUGCAACAAGGUUCAGAAGACGAAGACUCUGACAAUAGUUCGGAUGACUCUUCGAUGUCGAACGAAGAGCCCACAAUUCGAACAAAUGGAACCGGAACUGAUGAUCGGGAAGAGCUACGCCGACUGAUGGCUGCAGACCAAAAAAGCGUUGCUGCCACCAUCUCUCAGGCUGCCAAAGCCGACGCGACGAAAGGCCUAGCGGUCAAACAACAACGCCUGGCUUUUGAUGCUCUACUCAACGCGCGAAUCAAACUGCAGAAGGGAUUAACGGCUGUGAAUGGUAUUUCAAAUCAUCUUGUUGAAGAAGGUGGAUUUGACGAUAAUGCUAUCAAAUCUGCAGAAUCUGCUGCCCUCGCUCUAUGGUCUACCCUGGAGGAAUUGCGCUUCGCUCUGUCAUACAAUCAGUCAAAAGACGAAAGUAAGAAACGGAAAAGGCCAUCACCGGUUUCGUCAACAACUUCUUGCGAGUCUUUAUGGCAGCGCAUGCAAGAUCUGGAAGCAGAUGCUCAGGUUCAUCGACGAACUGUGCUCGAAAAGUGGAAUCACAAAGUCCGCGGGACCAAUACCAGUCUUCCGAACGCCCGAGGAAAACUUCUUGGUAAUUCUGACAAACAAUCAAUCACAGUUGUCCUGGACGCCCACGUAACAUCUGAAACUGGCGACCGCAUUUCCAAGAAGCCACGUACAAAUAACGUCUCUGAUGAGCCAGAGCAGCCCAUCUAUGACGACACUGUGUUUUACCAGUCUCUCCUUCGUGAACUAGUUGAGCAACGCAUGUCCUCAUCAGAGGCUGUCACAAAUGGACUCGACUCUCUACACUUACAACUUCCCACCCACCACGCUUCCGGUAUGCGCAAGGACAAGAUCCGGAAAGACGUCGAUACAAAGGCAUCCAAGGGCCGUAAAAUGCGAUACAAUAUUCAUGAAAAAUUACAAAAUUUUAUGGCUCCAGAAGACCGCGGAUCUUGGACUGAUCACGCACGAGACGAGUUUUUUGCUUCUCUGCUUGGGAAAAGUGCGAGCGGAUUGCUCGGUGAAUCCGAUGGGGAGGACGAUGCAAAUGGCGUAGACAGAACCAUAUCAGAUGACGAAGGUUUAGAGGAAGGCGGCCUGAGACUUUUCCGAGGCUGAAAGUCCAUGCUGCAUGAAGUGUACUGUGAUUCGAUGUGUUGGAGUGUGUAUAUAUGAUUAUAGUAGCCUAUCCACCAUUCGAGAAAAGGGCAUUCUAAAUUACCCUCUGUUGAUUUUUCAUUUUCGAGUAUACAUAGGCGAUUGGAACUUUCUAUCUAUGAGCUUCUAGGAGGCAAAGUUGGAGAUAAAAUUGCGUGUUUAUGCUUGGAUUGGUACCGAUCGAC